AUGCAGCGCCGAAAGAAACAACAACUUGAUAGUAAUAGUAAUGAACCAGCGCCGUCUAUCACCAACUCUAUCCCCCCCAACCUCCCGCCCUCACUACGAGAGGACAUGAGCAUGAGCGCCCUCCUGCGCCGGCAGCCGGUCUGGCUCCUCCUCGCCAUCGCCAGCGGCGCCUGUGCGGCCUUCAACGGUGUCUUCGCAAAGCUCACAACCACCUCGCUCACGACCACCUGGUCGCACGCCGUCUCCAGCUUCCUCUCGCUCGCGCCCAGCAACCAGAUGGUCAACUACGCCCUCCGCGCCUUCUUCUUCGGCCUGAACCUGCUCUUCAACGUGGCCAUGUGGGCCCUCUUCACCGCCGCGCUGACCCGUGGCUCGUCUACCACCCGCGUCAGUAUUGUGAAUGUGAGCUCGAAUUUCACGGUGACGGCGUUGCUGGGAGAUGGUGGCGGCGGCGGUGGUGGACGGGAAGGUGAAGCUGUGCCGCUGAUGAGGGAUGAGGAUCUGUUGGCCGGGCCGGAUAUCAUUCAAUUGGAUGAGGAUGAUGCAUAUAGUGAGAGUACGGGUGAGGCGGUGAAGAAGGGGGAGGAGGUAGAUGCACCAUUGAGGUGA